AUGCUACACGGCUUGGACAAAGAGUUUGUGCCUUUGUGCCCACGAUAUCUCUGUCAAAACGUGAAUCAAAAGGCUUAUCUAAGAGAAAUCCGUAAAUCUAAGAAUUCAAGGCCUCAUCGUUGCUAUGGUGGUGAUAAAGAAGAAGGGUUAAUAUAUGUGAAAAGACACGGUAUUCCGAAAGAAAACCCUAGGAACAAGGACUUUAAUUGCUAUGUUCCAAGGCGAGUUGGUAAGAAAGCAAAGAAGUACAAGAUAAAGGAUGUCUUUCAUUACCAAACUCUACAAGAUGCCUUGAUUCGGGUUAAGACUCAUCCGAUAAAGAUCAUUACGACCUUGAGCCCCCUCGCGGUUAUUGGAAGACAAGGUAAUGCAUCUCGAAAAGGAGAAAAAGUCAAGAUCAAGGAUGGUGAGGCUAAGGCUUUCAGUCCUGAAGAGAUCAAUGCCAUGCUUAUGACGAAAAUGAAGGAGGAAGUUGAAGCGUCUUGGGAAGAAAAUCAAGGAUGCUAUUCAGUGGCGAAUCUACAUAUACAUAUAGUGGGUGAGAUCUUUGGUGUGAACACCGGCGAGGAUGUUGCUGUCCAUGGUGGUAUUUUGAGCGGAGAAGGCAGUGAUGAAACCAAAGAUAACGUUUCUUAA